UGGAAGAUCUUGUAUAAAAGUGCGGUGAGCCCUGGAUUUAGUACAUUUUGUGAAAAACUUUCACUUCACUAACACAAUGGACCUCUUUGCUUUGAUCCGGAAUAUCCUUGGUGUCGUCUCUAUGGUUUUGAUUUCGUGUCCAAACGAAAGCGAAGGUUUAGUGGCUAUUAGUUGGCCUAAAGGCGCUACCAGACCUGUGCUUUGGCGAGAAGUGUACUACCCAUACAACAUGGCCGUCGAACCUUUAAUGAAACGACAGGAGUCGGACGUAACAGAUGCACCAAAGGCGCCGAAGAUACAGCAUACAAAAACCUUACCUUCUGAAGAGUCUGUUGAAUACAGACCAGAGCAAGAUUUUCUAGAUGCUCUGAAUGAAGACAGUUCCACUAUGAAGACGGAAGAGAAAGCCUGCGAAAACUGCGAAGGACAAAACGGUGAAGAGGAAAACUAAAGACCGAACCGCAAAAAUAUAGGAUGAAGCUUCGAGAAACAGAGAUGAAAGUAUUUACGUUAUAAUUAUUUAAAUUAUUUAUUUUUAAUAUAGAAUCUAACAAAACCUAUAAUGGAAUCAUCUAAUUAUGUUAGUAGUCAUAACGCAGAUUUUAUUGUAUUAGAAUGAUAUCUAUGAAGAUUUUAAAGUAUUAAUAUAAUUAAUACAUAUUUAUUUGUAGCAAUAGGGUAGCAACUUUUUUUUAAGUUGUAGCUUGCUGUGAAGUCAGAGUCAUAUUUAAAUAAUAUAUUAUUCCAAUAGUUAUUUGUGUAACAAGUGAAAAGUUGUUGCUUGCUGAGAGCUCAGUGUUUUUGCUAGUCAAUUUAAGUUUAUAAGUUAUACCUAUUAUUGUUAUUUUGUUAAUGCCGAUAUUUCAAUAGUCAGUUCACUUUUAUAUUUGAAAUAAAUAUGAUAGGAUUUUAGUAUAUUAUAAAGUGUACUAAGUCUGUCAAACUGACAUAAUAUUUAGACUGGAAAUGAUUUUUUUUGUUGAAAAAAUACGUUUGACAUUGAGCUCAUGAGUCGUGUCAAAUCCAUAUAUUUAUUAAGCAAAACCAAAGAUGGAUUAAAUAUUGGAAACGACCAUUAAUCAGUAACAAUAGUAUAACAUUUGAAAAUGCGUACAAUUAUGCCAGUUCAUGGUUUUCCCUUAUAUAAAACAACGACCAUAGUGACGAAAUGUACGUGCUCAUUAUUAAGGAAAAAAAUUAAAUAGGUUUUAUUCCUCAUAAUUAAUCUGUCGGCUUUACCACCUGACGGAGGUAUGUUCCAAUUGUGAAUUUUAUUUAUUACGUAAUUGGAUUUUUUUCAGGCUGUGAACCCUGCUAUUUUAAUAAGUUUAGUUAAGUUUGAGUACCUACCUGCACACUGCAACCUUUUAGGUGGCCGAUAGUUGACUCCAAUCUAAGUUUUCAGUCGGUCUGAUACCGGCUAAAUACCUGAUCUCUGUAAUGUGCGUACUACCAUUCAUCUUCAUACUGAUUUAUGAGCCCAAACAAACUGUCGGCCGACUAAAAGUUUGCAGUGUGCAGGUACUCUAAAACUGAGUUUCUAUGAUAUUCGUGUCUAAUUUUAAAAACAUAUUGUAACAAAAUUUUCAGUAUUUCAGUAAUUUCUAUUACUUACCCUAUCACAUACAGUUUUUUAAGCUACAGGUAAACUCUUAAACUGUUGAUACGAAUUGUAACAUUCUUUUCCAUAGAAAUGCUAGAUAUUCGGCUGUGCCAUAGAAUAUAUUUUAUUAUUAAUUUUAAUUAUAUAUUAAUUAAUGUGCCAUUAAAUUAUUUAUUUAUGUGUUAAGGUACGUUUUGAAUUCCAA